AUGUCAGGUUUUGUUCAAAAUGGGUAUUUUAAAGAGGCGAUUGAAUUGUUUCAGCAAAUGCAGUUUGCAAGUUUGAAACCUGGGGUUGACAUGUUAAGAGUCCUUGUCCUUACAUAUACCCAUUUGGGUGCAUUACGUUUGGGGAAAGGAGUUCAUGGUUAUGUAACAAAGAACAUAGUUCACAUCUCUGAAGAGGGUAAUAAAGCCAUGGAAAACUCUAUCCUAAACAUGUAUGCAAAAUGUGGCAGUAUUGUUUUGGCUAGAAGGUGUUUUGAUCAAAUGGUUGACAAAGAUGUUGUAGCAUGGAGUUCAAUGAUUGAGACCUAUGGGAUCCAUGGAUUUGGUUACAAAGCUCUGGAACUUUUUUAUCAGAUGGAGAAGGAAGGUGUAAAACCAAACAAGAUCACCUUUUUAAGUUUGCUUUCUGCUUGUAGCCACUCUGGUCUUGUUGCUGAAGGUUGUAGAAUUUUUAGCUGCAUGAGCCAGAUAUACUUCAUUAAACCUGAUAUAAAUCAUCAUACUUGCAUUGUUGAUCUUCUUGGUCGAUCUGGGAAGCUCUUAGAAGCCCUAGCUAUAAUUGAAAAAAUGGUUGUGAAACCAGAUAGUCGGAUUUGGGGUGCUCUGCUUGCAGCUUCUAGGGCUUAUUCUGAUGACAAAAUUGGGUCCUAUGCUGCUGAGCGGAUCUUGGAGUUGGAACCUGAUAAUGUUGGUUAUCAUACAUUAUUGAGCAAUGUACAUGCCAGUGUUGAGAGGUGGGCUAAAGUUGAAACUGUGAGGAUGGUCAUGUAUGAGAAGGAUCUGAAGAAGAAACCAGGUUGGAGCUUUAUAGAGGCAAGAGGGAAGAUUUGUGGGUUUGUUGCAGGUGAUUUAUCACUUGCUGAAGUACUAGUUGAGGAGACAUUGGAUGCUCAAGGACAAUAG